GGAAAUUUAAAAAUGGCAGCGUAGAAAGCUGAAUUGUCAAAAUAUUUUCACCUGAUUUUCGACUUUUUUUUAAAAGAAAGUUUAUUUUACCUAACCAGUAAAUGUAAGUGAAUAGCUCCAGCUGUUGUGCUGAAGAUGGAACCCAGCAGCAGCAGAGGACAGGACCCCAUCCUCUCCAGAGUGGCUCUCAAUGAUAACAAGGCAGGCAUGCAGGGUCUCGACAAGGAAAAAAUCAACAAGAUUAUUCUCGAAACCUCCAAGGGAUCCAGAUUUUAUGAGAAUGAACUGAAGAAGCAGCGGCAGGUGAACCAGCGCCUCGAGAAGAUGAUGCGGUAUAAAGCCAAGGUUACGGAACAGCAAAUCCAGAAAGCACAAAUAGAGGUGGAAAAGCUGACUGCUGAUCUGGAAAGGAGUCAUGAGCUAACACGGGUAAUCGUGCAUGUGGAUAUGGAUGCAUUUUAUGCUGCUGUAGAGAUGAGAGACUGUCCAGAACUGAAGAAUAAACCCAUGGCAGUGGGAUCCAUGAGUAUGUUGUCCACUUCAAAUUACCAUGCCAGGAGGUACGGGGUCCGUGCUGCCAUGCCUGGUUUCAUUGCUAAGAAGCUUUGCCCGGAUUUGGUCAUAGUUCCACCCAACUUUGACAAAUACAGAGCAGUGAGUGAACAGGUGCGAGAGGUGUUUGCAGACUAUGAUCCACACUAUUUGCCCAUGAGUUUAGAUGAAGCUUAUCUGGACAUCACUGAGCAUUUGGAGCAGAGGCAGCACUGGCCUGAGUCUAUGAGAACACAUCAAAUCUGUGAAGUGAAGACCACAGGAGUGAAAGAGAUGAAUGAAACUGAGACCAGUGUUGAAGCGGAGACAGAUAACCUGUCCCCUGUGCUCUUUGAGGACAGCCCAGGUUCAUCCCCUGUUGUCCCAUUUGCUAAUGUGAAGGUGGAGGUAUUCGGGACAAGUCCUGAAGAAGCUGUGAGAGAGAUGCGCUUUCGUAUCGAGCAGAAAACUACGCUUACCGCAAGUGCUGGCAUUGCACCGAACAUGAUGCUUGCAAAAGUGUGCAGUGAUAAGAACAAGCCCAAUGGUCAGUACAGAAUUCCUCCUGAGAGAAAAGCUGUGAAUGACUUCAUCCAAGAGCUGCCCGUUCGGAAGGUCUCUGGGAUUGGAAAAGUCACUGAGACGAUGCUAGCUGCGUUAGGCAUCAUCAAUUGUUCCCAGCUUAGACAGCAGAUGGCGAUGCUCUCGUUGCUCUUUUCUGAAACAACCUGGCACCAUUUCCUCCAAAUUUCACUCGGACUCGGCUCUACUCGCAUAGACAGAGAUUCUGAGAGAAAAAGCAUGAGCACAGAAAGGACAUUUGCGGAGAUGAACAAUGCAGAUGAGCAGUAUUCACUGUGCAAGGAGCUCUGUCACGAUUUGGCAAAGGAUCUACAGAGGGAGGGCCUCAAGGGUAAAACUGUCACUUUGAAACUGAAGAAUGUCAACUUUGAAGUGAAAACCAGAGCGUUUACAUUACAGUGUGCUGUGUGCACAGAAGAAGAGAUUUUUGCUGCUGCUAAGGACAUUUUGAAAGCUGAGAUUGAUAAUGUCAGUCCUUUACCCCUGCGGCUGAGAUUAAUGGGUGUUCGUGUCUCAAGCUUCAUCAGCACUGAUGAUAAACAGCCCCAGCAGAAAAGCAUUGUUGGGUUUCUGAAGAUCGCUUCAGAUUCUAGCAGUACAGCUCAACUGUCCAAAUCAGAAAUGGUCAGUGUGAUGGGUUCUAGUGUCAGUUCAACAAGAGCAAAGUGUCCUGAGGGCAAAAGUUUUACAGGAGAGACAUCCAUACCAUUCAGUAAUGGGCAGACACUAUCUGGGUGCACAAAUGAACCUCAGCAACAGUCAUUUUUCCAAAAGGCCGAAGCAAAAAAGAUGCAAAACCAACAUGAACAAGAAGAGACAUCUGAGAUAUGCACAAAUAAAAUAUUUAAAUGGUUACCCAGAGACUUAACUAGUAACCCUCCAUUUAUUGUUACAGCCCACAAAGCUACAGCAGAAAUAGAAAAAGCUCCAGAUACAGAUAACAAUGCAGUCAAAGCAGAACAGAGAUUGUCUUCAACAAGCACAGCAUCACUUGCAAAUAUGCUGCAAUGUUAUACAUGUCCUGUGUGCUUCAAUCAAAUCGAAACUAAAAACCUCUCAUCAUUCAACCAGCAUAUAGACAAGUGUCUUAGCAGUGAACUGGACAAUAAGAGCACUUCCAUGAAAGGAUGUCAAAAUAUGUGUGAGGAAGAGAAACUUUUGAUCAUGCAGGAUGAAGCAAAAAAAGAUGAUAUUCAUCAUAAAGUCACAGAUUUAAACUCAGGAAACCGGACAUCAGUUUUGAAAAGAAACGAUGAAGAUCCUCACAACAUCUGCUCCAUACCAGGAACACAUUCUGAUUUCAGAACACCAUUUUUUAAACGCUUUCAGAAUACCAGCGAAAAGCGUUCUCUUGUGUCUCAUGAAGCUGUGAAUGAUCCUACAUCUGCAUCAAUCCACCAAACAGCUGGUUCAGUUAAUGUUGUCAGUGAGCCACUGGACACCGAGGUCUCCACCUUGACAUGUCCAGUGUGCAAUCAGGUGCAAGAUACUGAUGACCUCAUUCUCUUCAACCAUCAUGUGGACAUGUGUCUCAACCAAGAAGUGCUUCUGGAAUUUAGAGAAGCUGUUCCUCCAAUGGCUCAUGCAGAAACCAAAGUCAAAGAUCAUGAGAAGUUUUCUACUGCAAAAGGAAAGAGCAAAAGACGUGGGUCUUCACCACCUCCUCCCCCAAAGAAAACCAAAGUCAUCAACACAAGACACACCAUCGAUAAAUUCUUCAAAGGAAACAACAAUCAGAGAUUUUGAAAUUCAUCAUAUUAUUUCUUUGUCUGUGAGUCCGAUACUCCAAGUUGCAGGUAGAGACCAAGCAGUGUGACUGUAAAUGAAGUUUAUUUAUAAAUUAUCUAUAAUAUAAUAACAAUCAAUCAUGA